AUGGCUCCCGUUGGAGCAUUUUCGACGGCUUGGCAUUCAUCACGUGCUACAAAUGUCUGUGCGCUUAUCAGACCUGUGGCUCUUAUCGCUUCACUGCGGUAUCGGACGAAAAGGGACCGAAGGUGGGAUGAUUUAUGUAUCUACAAUACCUUGCUGAAUCACAUUUGA